GGGCACCGUCUGACUUUUCCCCCCCCCCUCCUUCCUCAUUACUCCCCAGCGCUGCCGCAGGACACGGUGCUGGGCCGCCCCGGAGCCAACGUGACGCUGCUGUGCCGGGAUCCGGAGCCGCCCAACGGCACCGUGCUGUGGUCCGGGAGGAGGAGGGAGUUGGGGGGGGGCAACGAGCUGCUGCUGGAGGGGCUGCGGCCGGAAGACGCCGGGCGGUACAGCUGCCACCAGGGGGGUCACACAUUGCGCACCGUGCGUCUGCUGGUGGAAGAGCCCCCCGAGCCCCCCCGCGUCUCCUGCUCCCGGCGCAGCCACGACAAAGAUGUGCUCUGUGAGUGGCGGCCGCGCGCAUCGCCGGCUCCGGGCACGCGGGCGGUGCUGUGGAUGAAGCGCAGAUUCACAGCGGAGAACGUGACGGAGCAGCGGUGCCGCUUCUACUCCACGGCACAGAAAUUUGUCUGUCGGGUGAAGGUUCCGCCUGGCACCGAAGGCACCAAAGCCCUCGUGGUGUCUGUCUGCGUCAGCAGCCGCGCGGGGAGCAGCGCUGGGGAGGACCGCAUCAUCACCCUCAAUGGCAUCCGUGAGCGCCCGUCCCUGAGACCCCCCCCCCAGACCCCAAACCUCGUGGUGCCCGCGUCCCCCAGCUCCUUCCCACGCUGAUCCCCUGCACUGCCCUGGUCCCCAAAGCUCCCCAGGUCCCCAUCCCUGAGCCCUUGUGUCCCCAGAAUCUUGUGCUGCCCACAUCCUCAACCCCUGGUGCUGAGCCCUGCACUAAAGCUCCCCACGUCCCCAUCCCUAAGCCCCCCAGACCCCAAACCUC